AUGGAGCCCCCCUCAGCCCCUCCCCACAGAGGGCACAUCCCCUGUCAGGGGCUUCUGCUGGCAGUCUCACUCUCAACCUUUUGGAACACACUCACCACUGCCCAACUCACUAUUGAAUCAGUGCCGACCAAUGCUGCUGAAGGAAAUGAUGUUCUUCUGCUUGUCCACAAUCUGCCUGGGAAUCUUGCCGCCUAUGGCUGGUACAAAGGGGACAGAGUAGAUCCUGAUCAACAAAUUGCAUUGCAUGUGAUAGAGCAACCAGAAAUUAUCCCAGGGCCUCUAUACAGUGGUCGGGAGAGAAUGUACCCCAAUGGAUCCCUGCUGUUCCAGAAGGUCACCCAGGAGGACACAGGAUACUAUACCCUACAAGUCAUAAAUAAAAAUUUUCACAGUGAAGUAGGAACUGGACAACUCUGCAUAUACAAGCCAGUGGCACAGCCCUCCAUCCAAGCCAGCAACAUCACAGUCACAGAACAGAAGGACGUCGUGGUCCUGACCUGCCUCACCAAUGACACUGGGAUCUCCAUCCAGUGGUUCUUCUAUAACCAGAGUCUGCGGCUGACAGAGAGGAUGAAGCUGUCCCACGAGAACCACACCCUCACCAUAGACCCAAUCACAAGGGAGGAUGCCGGGGAUUAUCAGUGUGAGGUCUCCAACCCAGUCAAUUCCAUCAAAAGUGACUUCAUCACCCUGGCUGUGAGCUCAUUGGUGGAGAAAGGAGGUCUCCACCCCCUCCUUGGAAGCGAAGACUCCCUUUGUCCCCUCUUCUGA